AAACUUCACCCCUGCUCCUCCUCCUCCCUGCCCACCCACAAUGUUGGGGACAUUAUCAUCGCCAGACUCUGCAUCCUUCUCUUUAGCGAAAAUCUGAAACGCAACGAUCGGUGGUGCUUUUAUGAAGACGAGGGGCACCAAGUGAGCUGGAGGACACGAGGUUUAGGUUCGCAGACGAUCAGUCAGCCGGGAUCCAGCGAAGAAGAGGGGGAUCGUGCUUGCUCAACGCUCCAGUGGGAAAGCAGCUCCAUUGUCGUCGAGAGCAGCGCGAAAAUGAGCCGGCCCGUGGCCCAUCAGAUCCAAUAUCACCGCGCGAAGUUCCUGAUCGACAGCGCCGCCAGAACACUUUUACUUUCCCUCUGACCACCUUGGUUUCCGCACCGCCUGGCUCGGACCAACUUGGCAACCUUCACAUUUCUUGCGAUCCGCAUACCAACUCUCAGCUACAAACAAGCUGACUCCGUUUCCGACCCCGGGAAACAACUCCAACCCAUCAUCAGCCCAAGUACACGAUGUCGACCCUUCCGCAUCAUGCGCGUAGCAUCCGCGGGAGACGCUCGUUCACCGGCAACCAUCCGUUGCUGCCUGCUAUGAAGCCUGUGCUGGCCUCGCGUGUGCCACGUGUACCGACAUACACUUUUCUGAAGUGGAGUUUUGGACGGGGCAGUGUGAUAUGGAAGAUCUGGCCAGCGGUCCUCCUGCACACAGCGUUCGCUGCGGCGAUCGUGUACGUUUGGGUUGCGACGGGUCGGGUACUGCAGAUUCCAAACGUCAUGCUUACUGUUAUGGGUGUUGUAAUCGGCUUUGUCAUAUCCUACCGCGCCGGCAGUGGAUACGACCGGUACUGGAUGGGGCGAACAGCAUGGACAGACAUCAUCCGUAACUCGCGCACCAUGGGGCGCUUGAUCUGGUAUCAUGUCCCCCCGCGGCUCUCUCCGUCCGAUGCCCCGCAUCAGACGAGCCCGCAGGAGAGUGCAAAGGUCAUGGCAGAGAAGCGCAUGGCGUUGGAUCUGGUCGAAGCCUUCGCAUUCGCACUGAAACAUCAUCUGCGUGCGGAGCUCGGAAUAUACUACGAAGAUUUGUACGAUCUGGUCCGGCCGUUGCAUGAUUUCGAGGACACGAACACGCACUUUACUGUCGCCAACGCCGUGCCAGCCCCAGUCUCAACUGAACCAGCUGCAGCACCCCCAACCGCAGCAUCCACCAGCAGCCCUGUUGCAGCAGGGCCGGUCGCAUCCUCUUCUUCUUUAUCGACAACCCACGCCUCCAAACGGCCGUCCGUGGCUGCUGCGGUGGCCUCCACGACAUCCAUCCACCGCCCGCUUCUGCCUGCAUCGAACGAGCCACCCAAAGAUGACGUGCUUCGGCUCGUCUCGAAGGACGUCAUCCCAUUUGCUGGCGUAGCGACGAGCAUCGGACGAUGGUUUCGCAGCUUCUGGGCAGUGCAGAAGCUGGACGCCCAUGAAGCAAGGCACAAAGACCGCUCGAGUCGGAUGCGCACUUGGUCUGGUCCGAUCCAUCCAGACGGUCUGAAACAACUAGAAGAGAUCGAAAUCGGCGAGAAUUUGCCCGAGGAAAUUCUUCGAUGUCUUAGUGAAUGGGUUUCUGUGCUGGAGGAACGUGGAACUGUGCCGGGUGCCAGCUUGGGUGCGAUUCUUGGCGGGAUCGCGACUUUCGAAAUUAGUUUGACAGCGCUGGAACACAUCUUGACAACGCCCCUGCCUUUCGUUUAUUCUGUUCACAUUCGACACGUGGUGUGGAUGUAUUUGUUCCUGCUCCCCUUCCAGCUGGUCUCGUCGUUUGGAUGGCACACUGUCCCUGCCGUCUCCGUGGGUGCUUUCGUUUACCUUGGCUUUGUCGCAGCGGGCGAAGAGAUUGAGCAGCCCUUCGGCUAUGACGACAACGAUCUUGACCUCGACAUGUUCUGCCGCGAUAUCAUCCAGGCCGACCUGACUCGACUGAAGAAAGCCCGGUGUCUCAACGCAUGGUUCCCACCAGCGCCAGCAACUGGUGCAGAUCAAAAACCUUCAAACGGCGCACAUAGGAGAGAUACGUUGGGCGGCAAUUUGUACGCGGCGUCCUUGGCUAGUUUGAGCGAUCUGGUGGCUCUCGAUGCAGACGAGGAUGAAGAUGAAAACGAUGGCUCAGAUGAGACUGAGGAGGAUGGCGUGCAGGAAGGAAAUCUAGUCGACGUACGAUGAAUAUACCAAGGAAUCAUCGGAAAUGAUGGUUGGAUUGCGGAAACGCCUCUCCUCAAUCAUAAACCUGCAGUCACCCCUUCCAUGAGGCUCGGCCGGUGCCUAUUGACCUUUAACAAGGCCACGGUGGCCUGCUGUCGAAAGAAAGGGUAGGCAUUACUCACAGCGUAGGCUUGAUCCGCACCAUCAUAUGGUCGGGCACUUUCAAAGCUCCUUGGGUGAGAGAUUUACAUUCGGAUGACCAAGUGCACGCCAAAGGACUACACAGCACGGGAGCAGCAAGAUGGUAAUGAAUCUGGACGUGGACUAGCAAUCACAUGAUUAUUACUGUAUGUAGAAGCUCAUUAGUAAUUAAUUCAAGAAGGAGACGAGAUCUAGA